AUGAGCAAUGCAGGACUGAUUCGUAGCAAAAUCAUUGCACGAGAAGCUUUGGCAGUGCCAAAUUGGCACACAGGGGUGAAGCUCGCUGUACACCGUCAAACGAGUGAGCGGUUCGUCCCACGAGAGCCCUGCGGUUCACAGAUCGAGGCUCGUGAAAUCUGCCUCGAUCUCAGUAAUAUCACUUAG